CAAUUUUACCUUAAUCGUGCUCCAAUACUGGCUAGAUGGAUGCUUAUACCAUAAACGAUCGUUGGGCCGGCGUACCCACGCCUCCCUCCAUCCAGAACCCUCCUGCGUAUCGCCUUUUCGAGCUCGUCAAUAUUAUCGGAGGCAGUCUUAUCAUCAGCUUUUCGAUUGCCAACAGCAUUCGCAACCGCCGCCUGACCUAUGGCUUCCUGUUCCUUUCCACUUCUCUGAUCUGCUAUUGGAUGGAAACGAUUGGAGACUGA